CAUAACGCUGUAAAUGCAGCCAUGCCCGCUCUCAGGCUUCUGUCUGACCGUACAUAAUUAUUCAUCAACGAGAAUUUAUAUAAACGUAUAUAAAAUAUGUCUUCGGCUGGAGCUUUGAGAAGAUCUUCGCGAAUAAAAUCCUUUGUGAACUAUAAAGACGACAGUGACUUAGAAACAACUUCUAACUCUCCACCAGCUAAUGUAUUAAAAUCUGAAGUGGAAACAGAACUAGAUGAUAUACAAGAGGAUGUACAAAAACCUUUUGAAUUAUUUUCUGAGAAUGAUGUGAGUGGAAGAAAAUUAUAUGGAUUCCAAACACCAAUAAAAAAGAACAGUAUGAUACUUAAAGCUAAUCAGUGUCGUAUACCUUCAACACCUGUACAUCUUAAGACAAUGUCUGAUCUGAGAAUUGUUUUGGAUAAGAUUGUAAUAGAUCCAAAAACUACAAAGUCAAUUAAACUCAAGGAUGUUGACAUAAAAGUGAACCGGAAGCGAUUUUUGCCUAAUGUAGAUUCAAGUGGCAACGAAAGUAUAUCUGAGGAUAGUGAAUAUAUUCCUACAGACGAAGUUAAUACAGAAUCAGAUAUAUCUGAUUCUGAUAAUAGUGAAGAGAAUAACAAUUCUGAUGUUAAUGAGAAAAAGGACAAUAUUAAACAAGAAAAAAUAGACAAGAAACAAUGUACAGUACAAAAAUUUUCACCAAAACAUGAAAUACAAAAUGUUCCCAGACAUAAGGCAAAGAAUGGUUGUAAAACUGUUAUUUAUAAAGAUUAUCAUAUAAAGUCUGAUGAAUAUUUCGAAUCCCAACAAGAAAAAACAAUUACAUCUGAUCGUACAUUAGACAGGCUUCGGAAUGUACAUCUUAUUGAGGAAAAAUUAGGGGAACCACUGGUAAAUCAGAAUUAUGUUUCUACGACACAUAGGAAACGUAUUCAUUUAUUAGUGGAAAAUUAUAGAUUGUUCUUCCCAAUGUGGCAUUUUAUAAUUGAGCAAGGUUACAGUCUCCUACUUCAUGGUUUAGGCUCAAAAAGGAACUUAAUUAAUAAUUUCCAUCAUGAUGUCUUAAAUGAUCAUCCAACAUUGAUUAUAAACGGGUUUUUUCCUAGUUUGGCAAUAAAAGAUAUAUUAAAUGAAAUAAUUACAGAAAUAUUAGAAUUAGAUUGCCCAUCAAGUCCUAACGAUUGUUUGGAACUUAUUGAAAAAGUUCUGACAGCUAAUCCAGAUGAUCGGCUCUACUUAUUAAUUCACAAUAUAGAUGGGAUAAUGUUACGUUCAAGUAAAGUUCAAAAUAUUCUCACUAGUCUAGCAGCUAUCCAGAAUAUUCGGAUUUUAGCGUCCGUCGAUCACAUCAAUGCACCACUUCUCUGGGAUCAUACGAAACGUGCGAAAUUUAAUUUCUACUGGUGGGACGCGACCACAUUCUUACCAUAUCAAACUGAAACUUCGUAUGAAAGUUCUUUAUUGGUUCAACAGAACGGUGCACUCGCCUUAUCUUCCCUUCAGAAUGUCUUCCUCUCUCUAACUUCAAACGCACGGACGAUUUAUAUACUUGUGGUUAAAUACCAAUUAAAUCACACUGACAGUAAUUACACAGGAAUGUCGUUCAAGGAUCUAUAUCAAGCAGCGCGAGAGCAGUUCCUGGUCAGUUCCGAUUUAGCGUUGAGAGCGCAGUUAACUGAAUUCUUAGAUCACAAAUUGAUUCGAAUUAAACGCAACAUUAAUGGUGUUGAACAUCUUAUAAUACCUCUUGAUAAAGGCCUUUUAAAACAAUUUCUCGAGCAACAUGUAUCGUAACUUAUCUGAAAUAAACUCACAUAAUAAACAAGAAAUAAAUAAGAUUUUGUA